AGUUCUUCCGCAAAGCAGGUGUUUAAAAACAGCGCCUUAUUGUCUUCUGCUCACAUAAAGACCUGUCCAUCACGACUGCCUAUAACUUCUAAUGGAUUCUUUUUUUAUUUGCACAGACAGAAGGUCUGAAACGCGAACCGGUGUGGGUCAGGAUUCAUUUGUACCUGCGAGAGAGAGAGAGCGUCGUUGUUGUUAAUAACACCAUUUGUUUAUUCAGUGCGUUUGAUGCAUAGAUGCGGAGGCUUUCUACCUGGUGUGCAUUUGAGCAUUUUCCUUUUCUCCAUUACAAUGCCAUACAUUCACUAAGCUAGUUAGGCUUAGAUUUGUAAGGCUCCACUUGAAAGACACGAUGAAGUUUAACGGGUAUCUUAAGUUGCGCAUAGGCGAAGCGGUGGACCUGAAGCCCACGACCACCUCGAUGCGCCACUCCAUGAUGUUCAAUAAGGCGAGCCAGACUCUGGACCCGUACAUCGUAGUGAAAGUGGACGAGUAUAAGAUUGGACAGACGCACACUAAGCAGAAAACCAGCAUGCCCACUUACAAUGAGGAGUUCUCCGUUCAUGUGAACGACGGCAAGCACGUAGAGUUGGCUGUUUUCCAUGACGCACCGAUCGGGUAUGAUGACUUCGUGGCCAACUGUACCAUCCAGUUUGAUGAUCUGAUGAAAAGUACAAACACAGAGGAGUCUUUUGAAGGAUGGGUUGACCUUGAACCUGAGGGUAAGGUUUACAUCCUGGUUACUCUCACAGGCUCAUUUACAGAUGAGGAUGCUGCAGGAAACACACGUCCCUACAAGGAAUUCAACCGAAAACGGCAGCAGGCAGUUCGAAGGAGAAUCCACCAAGUCAAUGGACACAAGUUUAUGUCGACCUUCCUUAAACAGCCGACGUUCUGUUUCCACUGCAAAGAGUUUAUAUGGGGUGUAUUUGGGAAACAAGGAUACCAAUGUCAAGUGUGCACCUGUGUUGUACACAAGCGAUGUCAUCAGUUUGUGGUUACAGUCUGUCCACGCAUGAAGAAACCUGCAAAGGAACAGACUACAAAUCAGGGUUUCAGUAUAAACAUUCCCCAUAAGUUCAACAUCCACAAUUAUAAGGUUCCUACCUUCUGUGACCACUGUGGUUCUUUGCUUUGGGGCCUCAUACGACAGGGACUACACUGUAAAAUUUGUAAGAUGAAUGUCCAUAUCCGCUGUAAGGGAAAUGUUGCACCGAACUGUGGAGUUAACAACGUAGAUCUGGCCAAUAAACUGGCAGAAAUGGGUCUCCAACCAGGAGGAAUGACCAAACGCAACACACUGGGUCCUGCAGGUUUGGACUUUCAGUCCCGGACGUUGAGUGUGAGAGGAUAUCGAGGGGAAUCUAACCAAGAGAAGAGUCAAAAGUUGGGAGUCUCAAACUUCACACUCCUGCAAGUGUUGGGGAAAGGCAGCUUCGGCAAGGUGAUGCUGGUCCGGUUAAACUGUUCUGAUCGGGUGUUUGCAGUGAAGGUCUUGAAGAAAGACAUCAUUCUGCAGGAUGAUGAUGUGGAGUGCACUAUGACAGAAAAACGAGUGUUAACACUCGCAUCUUCUCAUCCUUACCUCACUCAGCUCUACUGCUGCUUCCAGACACCGGAGCGUCUGUUUUUUGUGAUGGAGUUUGUGAAUGGAGGAGAUCUGAUGUUUCAUAUUCAGAAAUCCAGAAAGUUUGAGGAGAACAGAGCGAGAUUCUACUCUGCGGAAAUCACUUCUGCUCUCAUAUUCCUUCACAGCAAGGGGAUCGUAUACAGGGAUCUGAAGUUAGAUAAUGUUCUGCUGGAUAAGGAUGGUCAUUGUAAACUGGCUGACUUUGGCAUGUGUAAGGAGGGAAUGUUUGAGGGUGUUGUCACAGGAACCUUCUGUGGAACCCCAGAUUACAUUGCUCCUGAGAUCCUCCAGGAGAUGCUGUAUGGGCCUUCGGUUGAUUGGUGGGCUCUCGGUGUGCUUCUGUAUGAGAUGCUAUCUGGCCACGCCCCAUUUGAGGCAGAAAAUGAGGAUGAUCUGUUUGAGUCCAUCCUGAACGAAGAGAUCAUUUACGCAUCCUGGCUGAGCGCCAGUGCUGUUGACAUACUCAAAGCGUUUCUGAUGAAGAAUCCAUCUCGCCGCCUGGGUUGCGUGGCUGCAGAUGGCGGAGAGAGUGCUGUUACCCGUCACCUAUUUUUCACUGGCAUUGACUGGGACAAACUUAAUCGUCGAGAGCUAGAACCGCCUUUCAAGCCCAGAAUUAAAACUGCAGAAGACGUGAAUAACUUUGAUCCAGACUUCACCCAAGAGGAUCCCACUCUUACCCCCAUUGAUGACUCCCCCAUCCCCUCAGUCAGUCAGGACGAGUUCUGUGACUUUUCUUUCACCUCUCCUGAACUUUUGAAAUUGGUUUCUGAGACACAGGGCAGAGGCGAAGAAAUAUAUGAUGCCAUGGAACCAAACUAAUUGUGAUGUCAAAAUGGAAACUUUUGGAAGUUCUAGGAACAUCUACUGUAGGUACUGGCUUAUUGAAACAGGUGAAAGACUUUAAGUCAACUUCAGUGGUUAUGUCUGAGAAAACAACGUUUUUUUCGGUUAGCAUUUUAGUCUGUACCUAAACUGUUAUUGUUUAGGCCUACGCUACUGCUUUGACAUGAUGUAGGUUAAUGUGUCUUUGGGUCAGAAGCAUCAUGAGGGAUACAGAGAGAUCUUCAUGAGAGACUUUACAUGCACUCUACCCCAGAAGACACCAAUUCUGCCCUCAAGCAGGGCUGCUUUAUACAGCAGCAUCUGAGAGCUGAUCAUGAACUACUCUGUUCCAAAUCGCACCGAUCUUGUUGGUUUGCCCCAGUGUUCAGUUCCAAAUGUUUAGAAGACUUGAUUUGAUCUCUCUGCACUUGCUGUGUCUACCACAUCCAAACAUGGAGCAGCAGCAUCACUAUUUCUCUUAGCAUUGCUGUCCAUGAACAAGGAAAAUUACUCUCAGGUGAAUGUAUGAAUGGAAGCUCUAGUUUUGUUUAAUAUAUGCACACAUUUCUGUGUUUCUCUGGGCCAUUUAUUACUUUGUUUGUUUGGUUGGUUGUUUGUUUGAUUGGUAUUACAUUUCAGGUCAGAAUUUCAUCUGUGAUUUAGCCCAAGUAUCUGUAGAAGUUUUUAUUGUUCAUAAAGGUUGUAGAAUUAAGUACUCUGCAGUAAGACCUUCUGUGUCUGUGACUCCAUCAAAAGCCCUCUGAGGGGUUAAAAGGAUAACACACUCAGAUGAGACUUUGACCCGUUUAAAUUCUUUAAAAUAAGGCCAGCAUUGCUUCCGUCUUGUCCUCAUCAUUCUUUACAGUCACUUAUUUGGACUUUCUCAGUCCGGGCAGAGCAAAAUUUAUUUCGGUGUAUGUUUCCAUGUUAGUACAUACUGGUCACUGAUUUCCAGUUAUUACUUUUUGUGCAGUAGUUUUACAAUGUCUAUAAGAGCCAGAGCAGAAAGAGAGCAAGAGCAACUUUGUGUGUAAUCUCUAUCAAACUUCUCUAUGUAUAGUAUAACACAUAUUCAUCCAUUUUAUGGUAGUGACUCAUUCCACAGUAAUUCCAUAGGGAAAUGGAGGGUGAUGUAACCACUUAUGGUUAAUCUGGCCAUGCCACCAUUACAAUUCUUUAAAUAAUUGUUAUUAAGAUUGUAAACAAAACUUUGAACAGUCAAAAGGAUAAGUUGGAAUCCUCAUUAACCUUAGAAUCAGAGACUCAACUCAGACAAGUCUGAAAGGUUAGAGGUAGGUGUCUAAAGGUUUGAAGAAAAGAUAUUAUACUAAUAAAAACAGUAAUGAGUUUGUCAAAGACUUCUGCCAUAACAUGCUUGCAUCAUUUUGCUAGGGAUGAAGAAUUGAUGCAAAUGGAAGAAUUAGCAACAGAUCUCUGGUCUCGAGUGUGAAAAACAUUCAAGAUGUCAUGGGAGAUCUGAUUAAGCAACUUGCCCAUACAAGUCUGGCCCAGCCCUAAUUACAUCAGAGGAAGGUUUGCUAGAGAAUCCACAUCACCUUCCUAUGGGAGACAGCACCCCUGAGAGCCAACAUACACCUCACAUACACUGAGAGCUGUGUUAAGUCAUUUACAGUCAUUGGCAACAGGUGAAGGUAGGCGGACUAGGAAAUCCUUGUUUGGUCAUGGAUGGUCUCUUGUGGCCCUUGGAUGACUUUGCUUACAUUGGCCUACACAGAGGAGAUCCCUGGUCCUUCCUUACCAGUUACCACAAAUAUUAUACAGUACAUUGUCAUUUUUGUCUUGCAUAAUAUCACCCCUUUAUUCUUCUUCAAACAUCUAUCCA